CGUCGGGUCGGGGCGGUCGCGGGCGGCGAUGGCGGCCGAGUGGGGCCCGGCGGAGCGGUGGCGGGCGGCCCUGCCGCAGCACGCUGCUUUCAGCCGCCUCCGCGAGAGCGGCGCCGCGACCUCCGCCGCCCCGCGCUCCCCGCUGAUCCGCAGCCUGCUGCUGGGCCUGGACGGAGACCUGCUGCUAUGGGACGGCGAGCGCGGCGCGCUGCUCGACAUCGACCUCCGCCGUCUGAGCGGCGCCGAGCCGGAGUUGGGCCGUUACCAGACGCUGCUGUGCAUCAAUCCGCCGCUGUUCGAGGUGUAUCAGACGCUGCUCAGCCCCGCGCGGCACCAUGUGGCGCUGAUCGGCACCAAAGGGCUCUCGGCCGUGGAGCUGCCCAAACGCUGGGGCAAAAACUCCGAGUUCGAGGGCGGGAAGGCCGUGGUGAACUGCAGCACCAUCCCGGUCGCAGAACGGUUCUUCACCAGUUCCACGUCCCUCACCCUGAAGCACGCGGCCUGGUACCCCUGCGAGACCCUGGAGCCCCACAUCGUGCUGCUGACUUCGGAUAACACCAUCAGGAUCUAUAGCCUGAAGGUGCCCCAGACGCCCAUCAAGGUGAUUGCGCUCUCAGAUGCUGAGGAGGAGACCCUGAUCAUCAACAAAGGGAGAGCCUACACAGCGUCGCUGGGAGAGACCGCAGUGGCGUUUGACUUCGGCCCGCUGGUGCCCGUCCCAGUGAGCAUUCUUGGGCAGCGAGGCAGUGAAGAAGUGCUGGCUUUUCCACUUUACAUUUUAUAUGAAAAUGGAGAGACAUUCCUCACUUAUAUCAACCUGCUGCAGAGUGCUGGAAAUCUUGGCAAGCUGCUCGGCCCUUUGCCCAUGCACCCUGCUGCAGAAGACAACUAUGGCUACGAUGCCUGUGCUGUCCUGUGCCUGCCUUGUAUUCCAAAUAUCCUGGUGAUUGCCACUGAAUCGGGCAUGCUUUAUCACUGUGUGGUGCUGGAUGCAGAAGAGGAUGAGGAGCAGUCAGAAAAAUUGUGGGACCCGAGAUCUGAUCUUGUUCCUUCCCUGUACGUGUUUGAAUGUGUUGAGCUGGAACUUGCACUGAAAUUGGCAUCAGGAGAUGAGGAAGAGCCUUUGGACUCUGAUUUCUCUUGCCCAAUCAAACUGCAUCGAGAUCCCAAAUGCCCUACCAGAUACCACUGCACACAUGAAGCGGGUGUGCACAGCGUGGGGUUGACGUGGAUCAGCAAACUGCAGAAGUUCCUUGACUCAGAUGAAGAAGACAAAGAUAGUUUACAAGAGCUGCGUGCAGAGCAGAAGUGCUUUGUCGAGCAUAUUCUGUGUACAAAGCCAUUGCCAUGCAGGCAAUCUGCUCCAGUUAGAGGAUUUUGGAUAGUAUCUGAUGUGCUGGGACCCACAAUGAUCUGCAUCACAAAUACCUAUGAGUGCAUCACAAGGCCACUCCUAACUGCAGUCCAUCCUGCAUCUCCUUCUCUACUGUGUACCAAAGAAGACAAAGAUGAUGCGACUUCUCCUCUCCGUGUCCUGGCUGAAUCACAGCAUUCAUUUGAGAAGCACAUCCAAAGCAUCCUGCGGCGUAAUUCUGCCAACCCCUUGCUCCUAAAAUCUGCUGAUAAAGAUGCUGCUCCUCCCCCUGAAGAAUGCCUUCAGCUUCUUAGCCGAGCCACGCAAGUGUUCAGGGAGGAAUAUAUACUGAAACAGGAUCUGGCAAAAGAGGAAAUUCAGCAAAGAGUGAAGUUGCUGUGGGGACAGAAGAAGAAACAACUGGAAGACCUUAAUUACUGUCGAGAGGAAAAGAAAAGUUUGCGAGAAAUGGCUGAACGGCUGGCUGACAAGUAUGAGGAAGCCAAAGAGAAGCAAGAAGAUAUUAUGAAUAGGAUGAAGAAAGUGCUUCGUAGUUUCCAAUCUCAGCUUCCUGUUAUAUCAGACAGUGAAAGAGAUAUGAAGAAAGAACUGCAGACAAUCCAUGACCAGCUGCAGCACUUGAGCAAUGCAAUCAGACAGGUUAAAAUGAAGAAGGAAUACCAGCAGAAAAAGAUGGAAAAAGGCAUCAGCCCACGAAAACCCAGCAUCACCCUCAGUGCCUACCAGAGCAAGUGCAUCCAAACCGUUCUGAAAGAAGAGGGAGAACGCAUAAGGGAAAUGGUAAAGCAGAUCAAUGACAUCAGAGGCCACGUGAACUUCUAACAUCUCCAAGAGAAUAAACCUACAAUAAAAGGCUGGAUAAGUUUUCAUUAUUCCGUAGUAAUUCUCCUUACAUAUAUUCAACAUUCAUACACUGAACAAUAUGUCUUUUCUUUAUUAUUUUGUAAAGAUCAAUUAUGAAUUAAAAUACUUUUCAUAAGA